AAAGAAAAAAAAGACUGGGGAAGUUGCAUUAGAGUCAACAAUCAAUCAAACGUACAGUACAAGUAGAGAUGACCGUUGACUAGUUCAUCCCAGUCCGACUGGAAUGACUCAUCUUCCAUGAAGCAGCAGCAACCCCCGUUCACGGCGGCUCUCCUCCCUCUUCCUCUUCUUCUUCUUCCUCCUCCUCCUCCCCACCCCCACUCUCUCUCUCUAUACUCAGUCCACUUCUCUCUCCUCCUCCUCCUCCUCAAACCCAUUUCCGUAAUCUAGCCAUAGCUCCCGAAUCCUCUCUCACUGUCAUGAACGGUAACCUCCAGGCAGUCGUCGCCGCGGCCGCGAGCUUCGUCGGCGUCUCCCUCUUCUUCGUCCUCCUCGCCUACGCCUGCAGCCGCCGCCGCCGCAGGCUGGACCGCGCCCGCGAGGCCCGCAACCGGACCCGCUCGAUCUCCAACCCGGAUGAGGAGCUCGCCGCCACCGCCGUCGAGCAGAACGCCUCCUUCGACUCCAAGAUCAAGAUCACCAUGGAUGAGCUCCGCAAGGCCACCAAGAACUUCCACCCCAAGAAGAUCAUCGGCGACGGCGGCUUCGGCCUCGUCUACAAGGCCAUCCUCGCCGACGGCGGCGGCGGCCGCACCGUCGCCAUCAAGAAGCUCGAGCCCGACGCCUUCCAGGGGUUCCGCGAGUUCCAGGCCGAGAUGGAGACCUUGGGUAAGCUUCAGCACCCCAACAUCGUCAAGAUUCUUGGCUACUGUAUGUUGAAUUCGGAUAGGGUUUUGGUCUACGAGUUCAUUGAGAAGGGGAGCCUCGACCAGUGGCUGUACGACACCAUGUCGGAGAACAGCGAGCUUUCGUGGUCGAGGAACUCGGGCGAGAGGCUGCCCCUGCCCUGGGACACUAGGAUGAAGAUAAUCAAGGGCGUGGCCAGUGGAUUGGCGUAUAUGCACGGAUUGCCGACGCCCAUCAUUCACAGAGACAUCAAGGCGAGCAAUGUGCUAUUGGACGCGGAUUUCGAGGCGCACAUCGCGGAUUUCGGGCUGGCGAGGACCAUCGAGGCCUCGCAGUCCCACGUGUCCACGCAAUUCGCCGGGACCAUGGGGUAUAUGCCGCCGGAGUAUAAGGAAGGGUUCACGGCGGCCACUGUGAAGGCCGAUGUGUAUAGCUUUGGUAUUCUGAUGCUGGAGAUUGCGACCGGUCGGAGGCCCAAUUUACCAGUGGUGGAUAGGGGAAAGGAGGUCGGGCUGACCGUGUGGGCUCGGCACAUGGUGGCUGAGAACCGGCAGAUGGAGAUGAUCGAUGCGGCCGUUUCCAGGGAUAGCCUGGUGAAAGCUACGGUGGAGGAGUGCUUCAACAUUGCGUGUGUGUGCACUAGCGAGCAUUCGAGGGAGAGGCCAGUUAUGAGCCAAGUUCUCGAGUUGUUGAAGUCUGCUUUUGGAUAAAAACGGUGGAAUUCGUCAAAGAUUUCGUGGCUACUGCAAGACUCUGUCGAUUGCACUGGAUGCUGUUGUGAAUCCGGAUUUUUGCUGGAAUGAAGGUCUCCUAAUCGAGAUUGAUUGAAACAGAGAGAGUCUAGUUUCUUUGCUAUUUUCACAUUUUGAUGCAAAGGAUCAUCUGGUUCUUAUACAUCGUGUGGAUCUCAUCUCCAAUAUGCGUCCCCCGAAACCUCCUCAUUGAAUCUUUUUUUGGAAACUAGAGACAGUCGAUGCUGAACCAACUUUGUUGGUCCAUCUAUGAUUCUGAAGCGAAAGACUGAUUGAGUUUCGAUUAGAGAA